CUGUAGCAUUGAGGGAUUCGUAAGCGCCAUAUAGUUCUUCCAGUUUGGAAACUGAACAGGUUUCAUAUUUCAUGUUCUCCCAGUUUGGAAACUAAAUAGUUGUAGAUUUCUUAGAAUCUAAUCUUUACUUUGUAUUAGAAUUCUACCAAAUAUUUAUAGUCGGUUAGGCUUCCCACCUGCAAUAUAAAUAUCAGUCUCUUCUUACCAUUCAAUCGAUCUCUUUGUAUCUGAAGGGGCUCAAAUUUUCUUAAAUCGUAGGGUAACAGAGAUUCGGAUUCGAAUUCCAAAUAUUGGGGUUUGAAUGGCGUCGAGGAAGCAUGAACAUCCGAAAGCAGAAGAACCAGAAUCGAAGAGGACGAAGCUCAGCGCCCCUACUUCUUCCCCAUCGGAAGCGAAGCAGCGUGUGGUUCUGAAUACCGCUGAUUGCAAUUUAGAUUUCGAUGUUGAAGGAAAUGGUCUUCAAGGUCAUGCGCUUCAUGAGCAGGGGUUUGCUUAUUGCUGGUCUGGUGCUCGUGCUAAUGUGGGUAUUAAGGGAGGAAAGUAUUGUUUUGGCUGCAAAAUCGUUUCUGCACAACCCGUUGAUAUGGAGGACACUCCCCCUGACCAGAAGCAUGUUUGUCGAGUGGGCAUUUCAAGAGGAGAUGAUGCUGUGGGAAACCUUGGGGAGACUGAACACAGUUAUGGGUUUGGAGGAACAGGAAAAUUCUCAAGUGGAGGGAAGUUUACAGAUUACGGUAUGAAGUUUGGUGUUGGUGACACAAUUGUUUGUGCUGUAAACCUUGAAAAUCAGCCAUUGGCUUUUGUCGGUUUCUUCAAGAACGGGCAAUGGUUGGGUACCGCCAAGCAAUUUGAUGCUGGCCUAAAGGGUCUUGCUGUGGUGGAUUCUCCUGUGAGAAAGUUAGAGUGGGAGUCUGCCCUGUUUCCUCAUGUCCUGUUGAAAAAUGUUGUUGUUCAGCUGCAGUUCAGCGCUGAAGAUGGUCUUAUUCCUCAAGAAGGUUAUAAACCUUGGGCUUCUGCACUUGAAGAUGGAAAUGCAAUAAUGGGACCCAAAUUUUCUAGCCCCAAGGAUUGUGAAGUAUUGAUGAUGGUUGGACUGCCUGCUUCUGGAAAGACUACAUGGGCAGAGAAAUGGGUGAAGGAACACCCUGAAAAAUGCUAUGUUGUGCUCGGAACAAAUCUGGCUUUAGAACAAAUGAAGGUACCAGGGCUUUUGCGUAAGCAAAAUUAUGGUGAACGAUUUGAGCGCUUGAUGGACCGGGCUACAGGGAUUUUUAAUACCCUUUUAUCCAGGGCUGCCAAGACACCUCGCAAUUACAUUCUUGAUCAGACAAAUGUUUACAAGAAUGCACGUAAACGUAAACUGAAGCCAUUUGUGAACUAUUGUAAGAUAGCAGUUGUGAUUUUCCCAAGACCAGAAGAGCUGAUGACCCGUGGAGAAAAACGGUUUAAAGAGAUGGGGAAAGAGGUACCUGCAGAAGCAGUAAAUGAGAUGUUAGCUAAUUAUGUGUUGCCUAAGAGCAAGGAGAUGCCUGGUUCUGAUGAGUUCUUUGAUCAGGUUAUCUUUCCAGAACUCAACAGGGCAGAUUCAGAGAGAUACUUGGAUGAGAUGAAGCGUGCGAUGAGAGCUGGAUCCAUAUCAGAUUCAAGGAGCAACCUCUCACCAUAUUCUCAUGGCGGUUCUGUCCAUUCAUAUUCUAGUCCUUCAAUGUUAAACCGAGAAGCUUUACCAGCCACUGGAGGGGGUUGGCAGCAUUCUCACUCACCUUUACCACAACGAAGUUAUGAUCAGUUAAGGCCUAGAGAGGUGCAUUCACCAUAUCAUGGGGCUGAUGUUCAUGGAACACCUGGCGGAUACCGUUCAGGAUCAAGCAAUUGUUCUCUUCCUAUCCCAAGGGAAUGUUCUUAUGGGACCCACGUGAAUUAUGUGAGGAGUCCUCUACCUAGAGAUGGUGGGAAUGAUCUCUUCAGCAGUGUUGAUCCCAACUACAGUCCCAACUUUGAAAGGAUUGAUUCCUACAGACUUCACACUGCAAAUCCAGGGACUUCAUUCUCAUACAACAGUCCUAGUGGACACCUUGGUGCCACUAGGACUGAUCUCUCCAGCAGUGUUGAUCCCUACUACAGUCCAACUUUGAAAGGAUGGAUUCCUACAGACCUCACACUGCAAAUCCAGGGACUUCAUUUUCAUACAACAGUCCUAGUGGACACCUUGGUGCCCCAGCUUCUCCCCCGGCUUCUUGACUCCUAGGGGCCACCAAUCUCUCCGUGGCCCCUCCCUGACCUUUGAUGGUUCACCAUAUGGAACUCCAUCGCCAAAACCGCCUUUGUCAUAUAGAGCUUCUCCAAGGACCGACUGGCAACAUUCGGGAUAUCCCCGUCCUGGCCCAAGGUACCACUGACUGCAGCAUUGAAGGCCAGAUGUGCUUGAAUGGUGAAACUCUGAAGUAAUCUUUUGGGGCAGCUGAGGAAGAACAUGAAAAAGUGUCGUCUUUUUUUUCUUCAUUUUCCUUUUGGAGGACUGAGAGUUUGACUUGGGAUCAAGGGUUCUUUUAUAUGUUGGAUCUGAAGUCUGGUUCAAAACUUGCAGAUAUGUUUUUUGGGUGAACGAAAUUUCGGAUAUAAAGAAAUGUAAUAUGCAACCUUGAUCUUGCACAACUAAUUAUUAGUGAAACCGUGCCUGUAUGGCUUAUCCUUCA